AUGAGCACAGCUUCAAAUCGUGCCUCCAAUAUCCUUCGGGACCCCCUCAAAUACAUGGUUGCCCCUCUUCUCUGUUGGUUCGUUGACUUUUUUACUACACUUUACAACUACGCUGUUCGACCAUGGCUGUCGAAAUGGCAUGAGCUCAAGGAUAACAAGCCUGAGAAUAGACUUCUAAACGAUCUUCGAAACGCAACAAGCCAUGAUGAAUGGGAAAGCCGUGCAAUCGAACUCGACAAGCUUCUUAAAAACGACGUGUGGAAAGCCCAACCUCAUUCAAGAUUGUACGAUUACAAACUUAUCUCUGCCAGACUUGAACGCCUCCGCAGGGCUCGAGAGGCUGAUGAUGUAGACAGCAUGACGUAUCUUCUGAGAGGUGGUCUUCUUCGUAAUUUCGGUGGUGUCUGUGAUCGGAAGCUAUUCACACACUCGUACAUGGGAACAAAAGACCUCAUUGAAGAUUAUAUGAAUGAAGUCGAAACACAAAUUGAAUAUAUUGAAACAAAAACCGAUUUUGAUGCCCAGGCAAAACUGAAGUUCCUGACCGAUACUCGUCAAGGAUUUGGAUGCUCUGCCCUUGUGCUUCAGGGUGGUACUGGAUUUGCCUUGUACCAUAUCGGUGUAGUCAAGGCACUUAACGAACAAGGUUUAUUGCCUCGUAUCAUCAGUGGCACUGCUGUAGGUGCAUUGAUUGCUGCCUUGAUUUGCAUUCACACUGAUGCGGAACUUCCGCAUAUUCUUCAACCCGAAGGUAUCAAUUUGUCAGCUUUCUCUAAGAAGAGUGAUAAAGGACACUUUAAGAGACGUGUUACUCGAUUAUUGAAAUAUGGCUAUUUGAUGGACAUGAAGGUUCUCCAGCAAUGUGUUCGCACCAAUGUAGGAGAUAUCACUUUUGAGGAAGCAUAUGCUCGGUCAAAGCGUGUUCUCAAUAUUAGUGUUUCAUCUAGCCGAACACAGGAAGUACCGCAACUGUUAAAUCAUCUUACAGCUCCCAAUGUCCUUAUCUGGAGUGCUGCAUGUUGUUCCACUGCUUCUAUUGGUCUAUUCGGAUCUUGCGACCUACUUGCCAAAGACAAGAACGGGAAUAUCGUUAAAUGGAGCUCUUCGUCCGUUAAGUGGAACCAUUGGUCUGAAGCAUCUCCUGCAGAAAGCGAGGCACCUUUAUACCGUCUUUCAGAGCUUUUUAAUGUCAACCACUUUAUUGUAUCCCAGGCCAGUCCAUACGCUAUUCCGUUUAUUGCAAAGGCGCAAAAUCUUCGCCAAGAGACACCCCUCAACAAGAUUGCUUAUUUAGUUGCCUCUGAAUUCAAACAUAGACUUUAUCAAUUGGAUCAAAUGCAUAUACUCCCUCGUUUCCUUCGUGGUGUUAUCGAAGAAAAAAUGUCUGGCAAUGUCAAUAUUGUACCCCACCUUCAUCUUUCGGAUUUCAAUAUGCUGUUCUCUAACCCAACUCAUUCUUCAUUGGCUUACUGGAUUCUUCAUGGCGAGCGUUCUACAUGGCCACUCCUCUCAUUUAUUCGUACACGCUGUAUGAUUGAACUGGCUCUUGAUCGAGCUCUCCUUCGUAUAAAAUCAUCUACCGCUGAACGAGAAGCAAUUGUGGCACAGACUAAGAAUAUAGAGCUUAAAAAGAGAGCCCGCUCUAUGCAUUAA